AUGAAUAGUACACAAAGAAUGGUAACUAAUCGAGGUCGUGUUAUAGCACGUCCAAAAAGAUUUACACCAACAACUCCGCCACCAUUACAAUUACCACCACCACAACUACCACUAUCUCCAUUUUUACAGACAACAGCAGAUCCACCUCUUAAUCCAAAAGCUGUUGAUCUCAAUCAAAAACGAAUAAGAUUAGUUGGAUCAAAAGUUACUCAUAUGCCAUUACUAACUUUUGACGAUGAAAGUGAUGAUGAGGCUGAUGAUGACAUUGAUGUUAGUGAAGAUGACGAUAUUGUCAAUCAACCGGCAAAAAAAAUAGUGAGAACUGCAUCAUCUUGUCCCGUAUUUGAUAAAGAAAAUAUUGAUAUAACUGAUGAUAAUGGACGUAUUAACAUGAUUGAACAUACAAAUCAAACUUCUGGCACCGAUCAACAUCCCAGAAACGAACAGCAGAGUGAAAAUAGUGCGUGUAUCCUAUUGUAA